AUGUCGUAUAUCUCCAAGAUCACCUCCGACAGUGGCGUAUAUCGUAUCAAAGUUCUCGACAAAGACUCCUACGCGAAAUACAUCAAGGACGAUUCUUCUGACUCCCCAUGGAUUAAGCUGACAACCCUCGACACUUCUUCGGCUGAACAAAAGUGGAAGAUAUCUGCCGUCUCCGGGAAGACGGACGUUUUUACAAUCACGAGUGUUGUCGACAACGCCGGGCUGAAUUACAAGAGAACUUCGCAGACGUACUGGGGAUAUGGAUAUCCGCAACCCAAGGCAAAUUCCACAUCCUUGAAUUGGAACAUCCAGGAGAAGACGAGUGAUGGUAAGAAAUUUUCGAAGAUUCACCUGGACGGCGAUGAUCAAACCUACUUUGAUUCUAACGACAACAAAUCGACUAAAAAUGCGAUCAACUUUUAUUACAACAACAAUAAUUCCACUUCCGGAGCGAACCAAAAAUACGAGUUUGAACAGGUGCCCGAUGAACCAAGUGGUGCGGCGCUGGACAUCGUUUUCAUACAGGACAUCACAGGAAGCCAACAGGCGUUUAUCGAUAAAGCUCGCGAUGAAAUCCAAAACACUAUCAAUGGCAUUGUGAACUCUGGUAAAAUCGCCUCCGGUAAAUUGAGAGUCGCGGUCGUCAUCUUCCGUGAUCAUACACCAGAGGAUACGUUCCUGACCGGCAAACUCGAUUUCACGACCGAUGUCGACGAAGUGAAGAAGUACUUGAACAACCAGAUUGCAACUGGUGGUGGUGAUGGCCCUGAAGGUCAAUGUUGUGCCUUGAAUGACGCCCUAGAGCUCCUCCUCACGUCGGACGACGAUACGACAAAAAUCGCUAUUCUGACGACAGAUUCUCCUCCGCACGGUAUUGGAGAGCCCGGUGACAAGAUCCCAGAUGGAUGCCCGCUUCAAAAUGACCCUUGUGAGACCGCAGAGUCUAUGGCGAGGAAUGGUAUCACUCUUUACGUCGUUGCAUGCGAACCUGAGUUGAGCAGGUAUCAAACCGCCCUCGAUUUCUACACCGGUCUUACCUCUAAAACUGGCGGUCAAGUUCUUCCACUCGGCGACACCGACGGGCUAACGAGCCUUGUCACUACAUCUUUGACUGAGGCCGUCAGUGUGGCGGCCCAAGCCCGCUCCAGUCGCACGUUGGUGGACUACAAUGUCAGCCUCGACAGCGCCACACAGAAGCUCUACAAGCAGCUAGUUGCCUUUAACGUGCAGCUUGACACAUUGGUCAUCGAUGAUUACUACGAGGACAAAGCGCAAGCCCAUCGGAAUGCCAAUCUUUGGGCCAAUGCAAAGAAAUUGGCAGACGUACGAGGCAAAAUUGAAAAAGUUCCUGGCAUUCGCAUUAACGACAAGUAUCUUGGUGGAGGUCAACCUCAAGCAGUUACAAAGAAACAAGCCGUUAGCCUGAAUCAGGCGAGGCAGAUUACCCGUGCUUGCUUCUCGGCAAAAGGGAAAUCGUUUUGA